AUGUCUGCCGCUCAGCUUCUCAACCCCAAGGCUGAGUCCCGGAGGAGGGGCGAAGCCCUCAAGAUCAACAUCAGUGCUGGUGAGGGCCUACAGGAUGUCCUCAAGUCUAACCUUGGUCCUAUGGGGACCAUAAAGAUGCUCGUUGAUGGCGCCGGUCAGAUCAAACUUACCAAGGAUGGCAACGUCCUCCUCCGAGAGAUGCAGAUCCAGAACCCUACCGCCGUCAUGAUUGCACGAGCUGCCACCGCCCAGGAUGACAUCUGCGGCGACGGUACCACUUCCGUCGUCCUUCUCGUCGGAGAGUUGCUCAAGCAGGCCGACCGAUACAUCUCCGAGGGCCUGCACCCUCGCAUCGUUACCGACGGCUUCGAGAUUGCCAAGGUUGAAGCUAUCAAGUUCCUCGAAGAUUUCAAACUCACCAAAGAAGUCGACCGAGAGCUACUCCUCAACGUGGCCCGCACGUCCCUGGCGACCAAGCUCAACUCGUCGCUGGCCGCUAAGCUGACACCCGACAUCGUCGACGCUGUACUGUCCAUCUACCAGCCUCCCGCGAAGCCCGACCUGCACAUGGUGGAGAUCAUGAAGAUGCAGCACCGCACAGCCUCGGACACGCAGCUGAUCCGCGGCCUGGCCCUGGACCACGGCGCGCGCCACCCGGACAUGCCCAAGCGACUGGAGAACUGCUACAUCCUGACGAUGAACGUCGGCCUCGAGUACGAGAAGACCGAGGUCAACUCGAGCUUCUUCUACUCGAGCGCCGACCAGCGCGAGAAGCUGGUCGAGAGUGAGCGCCGCUUCAUCGAUGCCAAGCUCAAGAAGAUUGUCGAGCUCAAGCAGCACCUGUGCGGCAACGACGGCAAGAAGAACUUUGUCAUCAUCAACCAGAAGGGUAUCGACCCCCUCUCGCUCGACGUCCUGGCCAAGAACGGCAUCCUUGCCCUCCGCCGCGCCAAGCGGAGGAACAUGGAGCGCCUCCAGCUCAUCUGCGGCGGUGUCGCCCAGAACAGCGUCGAGGACCUGUCCGAGGACGUGCUCGGCUGGGCCGGCCUCGUCUACGAGCAGACCCUGGGCGAGGAGAAGUACACCUUUAUCGAGGAGGUCAAGGACCCCAAGUCGGUCACCAUCAUGAUCAAGGGCCCCAACCAGCACACAAUCUCCCAGGUCACCGACGCCGUCCGUGACGGCCUCAGGAGCGUCCACAACAUGAUUGUCGACAAGAGCGUCGUCCCUGGAGCCGGUGCCUUCCAGGUCGCCUGCGCCGCUCACCUCAAGAGCGACGCCUUCGCCAAGAAGGUCAAGGGCAAGGCUAAGUGGGGUGUCGAGGCCUUUGCCGACGCUCUCCUGAUUAUCCCCAAGACGCUGGCUGCUAAUGCUGGCUACGAUGUUCAAGAUGCUUUGGCCGCUCUGCAGGAUGAGCACGCCGAAGGCGACGUCGUCGGUCUCAGCCUGGAGACUGGAGAGCCCAUGGACCCGGAACUGGAGGGUGUCUACGACUCUUUCCGCGUCCUGAGGAACUCGAUCGCCUCGAGCUCGGGCAUCGCCUCCAACCUGCUCUUGUGCGACGAGCUGCUCAAGGCUCGCCAGAUGGGUAGGUCAGGGGGCCCCGGGCCUGGUAUGGAUGGUCCGGAGGAGCACAUGUAA